GACAGAACCCGUUACCCACUUUUCCAUCUUCACCGAUAAAUCUCGAGAGCCCUCGUCUCUCUUGCUUAUCUCCUAUAUAUAUGUGGAUUAUUUCUUCACCUUCUAAAUCAGUCUGAAUUCAGAACAAGUUCUUUUACACGACGUAUCAAAGAGUCUUCACACAUUAUUUUUCUUUUUUUAGAGCUUCUGUUGAUGGAUUUGAGGAACUUAGGCUUCGAUUCUCCACUCUUCACAAUCCUGGAAGACAUACUUGACAUCCCGGAGGAGCAAGAAAAGAGCCGAAACAACCCGUCUCGAGCCUAUGUUCGAGAUGCGAAGGCCAUGGCGGCCACUCCAGCUGACGUGAUGGAGUACCCGACAUCUUACGUAUUCAUCGUCGACAUGCCUGGCAUAAGCCACAGCGAGAUCAAGGUCCAGAUCGAAAACGACAACGUCCUCGUCGUGAGCGGGGAGCGAAAGCGUGAGAAAGAGAAGGACGAGAAAGAAGGGGUGAAGUACGUGAGGAUGGAAAGGAGGACCGGCAAGUUCAUGAGGAAGUUCCAGUUGCCUGAGAAUGCGAAUACUGAUAAGAUAUCCGCGGUUUGUCAAGAUGGGGUUCUGAGAGUCACUGUGGAGAAAUUACCUCCGCCUCAGCCUAAAAAGCCCAAGACCAUCGUGGUCAAAGUUGCAUAAAAAUGUUGGUUGUUUGAUUUGAGAACAAUGUUAAAGAACCGCCUGUGUUUUUUUACUUUCUGCAGAUUGUGUGAGAGUUGAAG